AUGGGCAUUUCUUGCUUGUAUAGUCUACUGUUAUUCCUAGUUUUGAUUUCCUCAACGGGUCGAAUUCUGUCAUGUCUUGCUGAUCCCACAGAUGGGUUCACUGAGAUACCAUUAACUGAUCGAAAUUUUGAUCUGCAGAAGCCAUACAAUGUACCGCUCAAUGAUCGAUACAGCUAUCAAAAUGGAGUGAGGAGACUAUGGGUUUACACCAAUGACAAGCCCUUUAAACCUGAUACUACUACCAGACCACGCACUGAAGUCCGAAUUAAGGGUCUUGACUACUCUUCUGGAGUUUGGCAAUUUGAAGGCCAUGCAUACGUUCCUAAAGCAACUUCUGGAGUGACAGUAAUGCAAAUUCAUGGUGCAAGAGUUGGUGCUACAAGUCUCCAACUGAGGAUCUACGAAGGUGACAUGAAAUAUUACAAGUUUGAAGUGGUUAACACAAAUCUAUACGAUAAAUGGUUUCGAUUAAACGUAAUCCACAACGUAGAUGAAGGAAAAAUCACUGUUUUCAUCGAUGGUGUUCAAAAAUUUGUGAAGAAUGAUCAGGGGCCAGGUGACUUGUACUUCAAGUGUGGAGUUUAUGCUGCACCAGCUAAUUCAAGCAGCUACAUGGAAUCAAGGUGGAGAGAUAUCAAGAUAUAUAAGAAAUGAUUGUUGCUAUAUAUGCACACACACACACAUAUAUAUCUAAGGUGCAUUAGAUGGUGGUGGUCAAAAACUUCUUGUACAAAAACAAUUAUGUUACCAAAUUAGCAUCAUGUAAAAGAAAAUUGGGUUCUUUAUCAACGGUGUUGAAAGUGGGACAGAUGGAAAUUAGAUAAUGACACAAGAAGGAAAUGACAAAACUAGGAUCCAGUGAUAAACUGCACCCAGUAUAAUACAGAAUAAUUGUCUCAUUUUUUUCCUUUUUUCAAGUUCUAUGCCUCAACCUACUAGUCAAAACAAUACUCUAGUUCUUCUAUUCCACUCUAGCCUUUCUCCCAAAAUUUUAAAAAAAAAAAAAAAAA